CUCAAUUUUAUAGAGAAAGAUAAAAGGAAAAACAACUUAGUAUUCUUUGGAAUUAAGGAACAUGAGAGAAGCGAAGCUGAAUUAGUGGAUUAUAUAAAAGAAAUAAUAAUGGAUAUGGGAGUACACUUAGAUAGUCAUGAAAUAGCAAGUGUGUAUAAAAUUGGAUCUUCAUCAAACAAAAGCCGACCAAUAGUGGUGUCCUUUUCGUCGACAUGGAAAAAGCACCUUGUACAACAAAAUAAAUCUAACCUUCCACAUGGCAUCUACUUUAAAGAAGACUAUCCCAAAGAGGUACUAGAUAUACGUAGAAAACUACAACCGAAAUUAGAGGAGGAAAGAAAGAAAGGAAAUAUAGCUUAUUUGAAAUAUGAUCAAUUAGUAGUAAAGAAACCAAAAGAAAGCAAUCGCGAAAAGCGUAAAAGAGAAAACACUGAUUCACCAACUACUAAAAAUCACAGUAAAAAACUGUUGGCUAACAGCAGUCCAAAUUCAUCUUAUAUUUCACCUGUUUUGCCUAUAGAUUUAAUGAAAGACAAACCAAAACCAAACAUACUUAAUUAUGUGGCACGUGGAAGAUCAUCAUCCAUGUCGGAACUAGCAAAAAACUAAUAACUACCUCUAGCAAACGGAAUCAAAACAAAACAAAUUUACUAAAACCAUCAAAUGUAACACUAACAGAAUACACCCCAAGCCGGCUGGUCACCGUGGGGGAAGACGACCAUUACCCUUCAUCAAAUAAAAUAACAAAUACCAAAAACAAAAAUGUAAGUAGCAAUAAAAUUAACUUAAGCAAUACAAAAGAAAAAACAAAAUUAAAAAUAGAUCAAUACCUAAAAAUAUGCACAUACAAUGUAAGAUCACUCGCAACUAAAGAAAGAAUGAUAGAACUAAACCAAGCAAUAGAAAAAAUUAAUUGGGACAUUAUGGGACUUGUAGAAACAAAAAAAAUGGGAAGCGCUAUAGAAGAACAUGACAAAUAUAUACUCUGUUACAUAGGCGAAACAGUGGGCUUACAUGGAGUGGGUUUCAUUAUUAAGAAGUCAUUAAAGAACAAUAUUUCAAGUUUUGUGGGAAUAUCGGAAAGAGUCGCAUUACUAAGAAUGAAUCUGAGGGAUGGACCAAUAUCGAUUAUACAAGUUUAUUCCCCAACUGUGAGCUCAAGUGAAGAGGAACUAACAAAAUUCUAUAACGACUUAACAAAAGCACAAAACUUAGCUGACAAAAACGUGCUUGUCAUUGGAGAUUUCAAUGGAAAAAUUGGACACCCGAAACCACAUGAAAACAUCAUAAUGGGAAAAUUUGGAUAUGGAACACGGAAUGAAAGAGGUGAACGUCUGAUACAAUAUGCUUACGAGAAUAAGUUGUCGAUCAUGAAUACAUUUUUUAAGAAAAAAGAAUCUAGAAAAUGGACAUGGAUAUCACCAGACCAUAAAACAAAAAAUGAAAUCGACUUCAUUCUGAGCUCUAAUCCAAAUUCUGUAAGUAAUAUAGAGGUGUUAAACAAAACAAGCUUUCCGUCUGAUCAUAGAUUAGUGAGAUGCACUCUUAAAACCAAAAAGUCAAAAAUAAGUAGAAGAGCUUUUAACACUUCACCAAAUCAACUGAACUCCACUGAGAAAAGAAACAGCUAUAUACGAAAUCUGAAAAAGAAUCUAGCACAAUCACAUGACUCACUGAUUAAUUUAGAAGAUGUACAGGCCUUGAGCAACAAACUGGAAGAAAUAAUAUUAGAAAGUUUAAGAUUUGAUAAGAAAAGAAAAGCUGGCCAACAUAAAAUA